AUGAGUCUGAACCAAUCAGGUUGCGUCAUAUUCGCAGGUUCGCAGACACUGUGUGACAUUCACUGUCCUCAUGUGUGUCUUAUUGUAUUAAUAUCUAAAGAUGAAUAUUAUACGCUCGUCUUUCUCCCGACUGCGUGGAAUAACCACUUUCACCAGCAUCCCUGCUGGGAACCUUGCAGUAACUGGCAACCCUCACCUUAGAUUAUUCAGCAACUGGAUUGCACCUAGAGCAGCUGCAGGACUUCAGGUUUCCAGAUGUGGGCCACUUUCUUCACAAGCUGAGGGUUCAGGAGUGUUCCAACAGCUCCCGUGGCAAUACCAGCAGGUACGGACCAAGAAGAGAGGCACAGAGUAUCAGCCCAAGAACAUCAAACGCAAGAGGACCCACGGCUGGAUCAAGAGGAUCAGCUCAGUAGGCGGCAUCGAGGUGCUUCUACGGCGUAUGUUGAAGGGACGGAAAUCACUCUCACACUGAAGGACCGUGUUGGGAAAACCUGCAAGACUUUCAGAAAUCAGACAUUGGUUCAGAAAUGCUGCCUUGCUCAGGGUGCUCAGCAAAGACCUUGUGUAUUGGGGUUAACUGGCGAUACUGGGUGUGGGUUGGGUUUGGCUUCCCUGCAUUAAUAAUGAGUGGGAGGAUGAAAACUGGCCUUUGACAAACGAGGUGCACUGGCCUUUAUUGAAAAGAAGCCUGGUAGUUUUACCAAGGUAUUUCUGAUCCAUAAAGUUUUGUUCAUAAUCAUUAAAUGUUAUCAGAUGUAUGGAUUUGUUUUACUUGUGUGAAGUUAUUUGAUUAAAAGACGAAAUGUGUCUUAAAAGA